UCAAACAAGCUCUGACAAACCCACUGCCCAUUGUUAGUUUAGGAUUUAAAUUUAAUCAUAUGAAACCAAAAUGUGCGAAAUGGUGUCAUCAUCAUAAUUGAUGGAAUAGUUACCCUUACCUACCCUUAUCACUACAUUACAGUACCACUGACCACAGUAUGGUAAAAGUAAACAUUAACUAGGUAGGUCAUUGGGUGUGUCUAAUUGCAAACAUGUAAUCAUGACGUGAGGUGAAGUGAGUUAAGUGAAAGUGAAACUAACAAAUUCAGAUGAGAUUGUUCACGGAACAGCCAUGGUGGUGUACUAAGAAGUGCCAUACUUAAAGGUUUUUAAGUUGAGAACUGUAGGUAAAAUGGAUGAAUACCAACAUGCGUUGUUCUUUGAAGCGAAAGAUCUGAAAGACAGAGACAAGGAGAAAAUCAGGAGGCACUUUCAAAAAAGACGGGAUUCUGGGGGAGGGGAUUGUGGAAUGAUUGAAAAGGCUGGAGGCAACACCUAUAAAAUCUGUUUCAAGGAAAAAGAAGACCAGGAAAGGGUUUUGCAGAGGAAGUUUCACAGCAUCUCCCUUCCUUCUGGAGAACUACGUCUGACUGUGAGCCGAACUAAUUCACCACUUGAUCAGCCAUCCACUAGUCAAUCACAGACAUUCACAAAAGCAAACACAAAAGGCCUUGAGAAGAUUUUCCAGCUGGAUAUUUUCCUCCUGUAUUUCCUGAGAGACAACCUUAAAGCACAUAAAGUCUUACAGAAGCAACUCUCUUCUAUCGGCUGCACAGUGGAGUUGGAUUUUGAUAAGGAGGAGGCAGUGGUUAGGGGGGAUAUUGAGAAGGGGCCUGGAGGAUCCUUUGGUGCUGCAGAGAAAUGGGAGAUACAGGUGGAUAAGGUCUUAAUCUAUCUUACUGAGACCUACCUUUGCUAUCACGUGGUUGAGCCAAAAAAAAUCAAAAUCCUACUGCAGAACCCCUCCUUGGUGACCGACAAUAUCAAAGUGUACACGGAGAGCGGCUAUGCAGUAGUUGUGGGAGAAGUUGAGGCUGUAAAUGAGAGGAUUGCAAUCCUGGAGAAGAGCCUGCCAACCCGGAAAGAAUUACCAAUUGUGAAGAAGAAAUUCAAACUGGUAGAAGAAGAGUUUAGUCGAGAAAUGCGUGCACAUUACCCAGAUGUUAAAAUCAUAUUAGGCAGCGGCAUGAUCAUCUUGGAGGGCCCUGACAAGGAGGUGCAGUCAGGAGCUACGAAACUUGAUGAACUAAUCAAAAAUGUAAAGGAAAAGAGAGUUAAGCUCUGCCCAGCUUUAAUGACCUUUAUAACAUCCAGCUGUGUCAUCUCAAAGUACCAGGCUCGCUUCCAGCAGAGCCUCAGAAAUCCUGUUUCCCUAGAGGUGGUGUCAGAUCUAGUCCUGUCCAGUUUGUCCUCUGAUGCCCUGGAUGAGGCUGAGGCAGCAGUGCAGAGAGAUCUUACUGUGGCCAAUGUGCCGCUGCAGGGAGCUGCAGCUGUACCUCCAGAUCUAGACAGAGUGAAGGAAAUCCUCAUUAAAGCCAAGAACAAGGCAAACUCUCGAGAGCUCAGAGUGGAUGUCAGCUUCAUCCCAGGAACUGCAACCAUCAAGGUACAACUUGUGGGCUACAGUGAAAAUGUGAACAAGCUCAAAGAGGUUCUGCAUGACUACCAGAUGAACCAAGUCGAGACACAAGAAGUGCUGAACCUACCGCAUCCUGAACUGCUCGACUGUUUUGAUAAAAUUUUAGGACUGAUUGGCAUGAAGCAAACCAAGGUGACCUUAAAAGCCUCACAUUUGCCAUACCCUUGUGUGCUUGUGUCUGGUCCCCGUUGUCUGGUCCAGGAGACCCAGCAGGCUCUAAUCUCAGCACUAGCCAGUCUGACGUCAGACACUCUGGUUCUAGAUGGACCGGGGGCUCAGCGGUACUUCCAAGCAGAGGGUAAAGUAGGCAAGGAGCUGGUCGAGACCUCCUGUCAUGUUAUUGUCAGAGAACAGCAAGGUGUGCACUCCUCAAAUGCAAAAAUUAAACCACGAAGCAUCACCUGCCCCAGCACCAGCAGCUUCACAGUCCGACCCAUGCCCAGAUUGCGCAGCAGCACUGUUGGAAGUAUUGUGGUCAACAAGACAAGUCUGAAGAUCAGCCUUGGCAGUUUGGUGGAUGAGCAGGUGCAUGUGUUGGUGGUUCCCAUGCUCAACAGGCAGCUAACUUCUACUAAUAUUGGUAAAUGCCUGUUGAAUAAAGCCGGGAACGCAAUCAAGUCAAAGUUUGACUUUAUGGCAGCGAAUUGUACCCUAGUCCCUGGUGAUGUUCUGCAGGUUGAUGCGCCUCCAUCUCUGGGCUGCUCCAAGCUCUUCUUCAUUGAGUGCUUGCCAUGGGAUGGAGUCAGAGGGCAGAGUGUGCAGGUGCUUGGUAAUGGGCUGAAGAAGUGUUUGGACCUCUGUGUACAGCUGGGCUUGUGCUCAGUGGCAUUUCCAGUUAUCGGACCUGGAGUUGUUUUAAAAUACCCGCUGAGAGAAGCCAUUCAAGUGCUGACUGAGAACAUUUGCCAGUUUGGAUUAUCUGCAUCAUCUGGGUCUCUCUCCACCAUCCACAUUGUCAUUAAACCAGACUAUCCUGACUCUGAGGAGUGCUACCAUGAUGUCAACAGACACCUCAGCUCAAAUAUGAACCAGGGAGGCCAAGCAAUCUUCAGGUCCCUCACUAGUGAUCUUGAUGACAUCACAAUGACAGUGGGAAGUAGGGUUAAACUACAGCUGGUGUUUGGGGACAUCACUAAUGAGGUUACAGAUGCUGUUGUGAACUCGACCGACUUUGUUAACUUUCAAAACGAUGGUGUGUGCAAAGACAUCUUAACCCUAGCUGGACCAGAGGUGGAGGCUGAACUUAGAGCAGGAAAAGCGAAUCGAGGAGACAUUUUUGUGUCCCAGGCUGGAUUGUUCCCCUGUAAAGCCAUUUUCCAUGUCUGUGGGGAAAAGGAUGCUGUCAUCAUCCAACAGCUGGUGUGUCACAUUGUUGAAUAUUGUGAAUCGUACGAGUUGAAGUCUGUCGCCAUUCCUGCCAUUUGUGCUGGAGCUGGUGGGUUGGACCCUGGUGUCGUGGCAAGUGCCAUCCUCCAAGGGAUCAAGGCAGCCACGUCGUCCACUCCUCUUUACUUUCUCACUGACAUCCGCCUCGUCCUGAUUAAGAUCAAUGUCUUCUUGGCUUUUAAAGAUGAAGCAAUGCAAAUGUUUUCCACUGCUGUAAUAAACAGAGUGCCAGUACCUCAGUUGCCUCAUGUACUACUACAACAACAACAACAACAGCCCCCUUUGUCUGUGAGCGCAGACCUAAGCAUCCUCCGUAUUAGCUCCGCAAGUCAGCAGUCUGUCUUCCUGUUCUUGGGUCUCUCAAGAAAGGAUGUUGACGAUGCCAUGACAAAGCUGAAGGAUCUGUAUCAGGCUCAGUGCUCCACUCAAACCUUCAAAAAGGAAGAGCUGGAAGGCCUCACCCAGGACGACAUGCAGAUUCUGAUGCAGCUGGUGGAGACCCAUGGUCUGUACGUGCAGAAGGACCAGUCUGGCCAGGGCACCUUAACAGUGAGCGGGUUAAAAGAUGGGGUCAACCAGGUGAUGCAGCUGAUUAACAUCUGUCUGCACGGUUCUCUCAGAAGAGAGGUGAGAGUCAGAGAGGAGGAGGAUCUGUACAACCGUGUGUCUUGGUGCAUCCUGGGACAUAGUGGCAACUGGGAGCGACUCCCCAAAACAGCAAAUCACAACCUGGAGAAUAAUGAUGUAGCAGGAGGGAUAGUGGACGCACAAAGAAUCCAGUGGAGUGUAAAUCUGCAGAGGAUGGAGGCCACGGGACCAUUACCUGGGCACACGGCGAAGCUGAAACGACUUGAGAAUCUUUCAGACUUCACUCUUCCUCUGUACUGGGACAACAUGGCUGCCGGUGAAUCUUUGAAGGUGGUUGCACUACAGCCGUCGUCUGCAGAAUACCGGACAGUGAAGGAGGCCUUCAAACGAACUGUCCAGAAGACUGUUUUGAAGAUCGAGCGCGUGCAGAAUGUCCAUCUGCGACGUGCCUAUGAAGGGCAGAAGAAGCAACUUUCUGAUAAAAACAAUCAGCUGGGAGGAGCAAGUGAAAAGCUUCUGUAUCACGGGACGACCCACGACAACUGUGACUCUAUCAUGAAAACCGGGUUCAACAGGCGCUUUUCUGGGCAGAAUGCAACUGCAUACGGUCACGGAACCUACUUUGCGGUAAACGCCAGCUACUCAGCCAACCCCACCUACUCCAAGCCAGCUGCUGAUGGUUCUGCAUUAAUUUUCGUGGCCCUAGUCCUGACAGGAAUCUACACUCUGGGCCAAAGCGACAUGAGGGUCCCUCCUCCUCGCAGUGACCAGCAGCCCCAUGACCGCUUCGACAGUGUGGUGGACAAAAUAGACAACCCCAACAUGUAUGUUGUGUUCCAUGAUAACCAAGCGUACCCAGACUAUCUUAUCACCUUUAAGUGACUAUGAGGGACAAAUUAAGUGUAGAACUAUACUGAAAGUCUUCAUAAUAAAUAAUAAUAAAUAAAUUCUUAAUUAUAUUUUUGGGUAUGUUUACUUAAAGUUAUAGUUGCACAGUAUGUAAUAGUAGAGUAGGCUAAGUAAAAUGAAAUUUGAACAUAAAUCUUUAGUAUUUGAUGAUGAAGUGAAAUAUCUCAGAAUUGUUUCCCAGUAUAUGUCAAACUUAACUUUAACUGCCUGGGUGCGCGCAGGGCUGGUUCUCCAGGAAUGAGGAUGUUUUGCUGAUGCACUUUAGUUUUUUUAGAUGAGAAGAUGUACUGUUCACAGCUUUUGAGACCGUUUUGAAAUCACAGCUUAACUGCCAAUCAUCUAAGCAUUAAUAAAAUGUGUCAAAUCAUUUAUGGUGUCUCUAUGAAGUUUUAGACUUUUGUUGCUCAUGAAGUAAUGACGGCACUAUGACAACCAGUUAUAACCACACUGACACAUCAUUUAUUGUCACAAAAUUAUGCAGUUGUUAGUCUUUUAUUUGGUUAAUAUUUGCAUUUGUUCUUGUACAAAGAAAAAAUGGUAAGAAACGAUCGAUAUAAAGAGGUGGAAAAAGCUAUUUAUGGUACUCAAGGAAAAACAUUGAUACUCAAGUUUAAUAGUUGCAUAGUUGGAAUACAUUUUGAAAAUGAAGUUGAAGCUGCAUUAAUCAAUAUUUAGUUUAUUAAAUGAAAAAUAGCAUGAAAUGGGUUGCUCAUCUUUCAUACCCAGAAAAAAUUGUGUCAGCUUGUUUUUUGUGUAAUUCUGCCACCGAAUGGCAAAAAAAUUGAUUAAUGCAGCUUUAAAGGGAGACAUUUUGGAGACAGAUAUACUCACUCUGUACUUAAAUUAAUUAACCUUU